AUGUCAAUUACGAUUUUACAUGGAUCAGAAACUGGUAAUGCUGAAGAAUAUGCUAGAUAUUUGAAAUUAAGAUUAAGGUAUUAUAAUAUUAAACUGACUUUAAGUAGUUUAGAUGAUUAUCCAUUAAAGAAUUUGAUUACAGAGACAAAGUAUUUAAUUAUCAUCUGUUCAACAACUGGUCAAGGUGAAUUACCAAGAAAUGGUAAAAAAUUUAUGAAAUUUAUAUUAAAGAAGAAAUUACCAUUUGAUUUAUUUCAACAUAUUAAUUUAUCUUGUUUUGGUAUUGGAGAUUCAUCAUAUACAAAAUAUAACUAUGCUAUUAAAAAAAUUUAUACAAGAAUGUCUCAAUUGGGUUGUAAUGAAUUAUCACCAAAUUGUGAAGCUGAUGAAAUGUCACCAGAGGGUGUCGAUGGUUAUUAUAAGGAAUGGGAAACUCAAUUAUUAAAUAACUUAUUGAAAAUAUUUCCAAAUGAAAAAACUGAUGCUAUACCUAUGCCAUUAACAAAAUUGAUAAAAUCCGAUCAUGAAAGUGAUAUAAUUCCCGAGGAAAAUUUGAAUAUUGGUACUAUAAUUGAGAAUAAACGAUUAACUGCAGAGGAUCAUUUCCAAGAUGUAAGAUUAAUCAAGAUAAAGACUGAUUUACCUUAUGAACCAGGUGAUUCGAUAUUAUUAUACCCAUGUAAUUUUGAUGAAGACGUUGAUGAAUUGAUAAAACUGCAAAAUUGGGAAAAUUACGCCAAUCAACCGUACAAAAUAAACAAUUUUAAUGGUACUGAAUACUUUGUAACCUUGAGAAAUUUAAUAAAGUACCAUUUAGAUAUUAUGUCAAUUCCAAGAAGAAGCUUUUUUGCAUUACUAUACCAUUUUUGUGAUGAUUCAACUGCUGAUGGGCAAAGAGAAAAGGAGAAAUUACAAGAAUUUGGUGAUUUUAAUGAACCUGAAGAUUUAUAUGAUUAUGCAAAUCGUCCUAGAAGAUCAAUUUUGGAGGUGUUGACCGAAUUUCAACAUAUACAUAUUCCAAUUUCAUAUGUUAUAGAUUUAAUACCUAGAAUUAAACCAAGAUUUUUCCUGAUAGCAUCUAUAAAUCAAGAUGAAAUAGAGAUUAUAGUGGCCAUUGUUGAGUAUAAAACAAUUAUACGAAGAUUGAGACGUGGAUUAUGCACUAGAUGGUUAAAACUGUUAGUACCUGGUGACUUAAUAUUCUACAAGGUUGAUAAAUCAAGUUUUAAAUAUGAUGAUCCUCCAAUUAUCAUGGUUGCACCUGGUACUGGUGUUGCACCAAUGAAAUCAUUAAUUGAAAAAUUAAAAGGUCAUGAAAUGUAUUUAUUUUUUGGUUGUAGAUUUAAAGAAAAGGAUUAUUUGAUAAAGGAUAUGUUCAAAGACUAUCCUAAUUUACAUAUAUUUACAAGUUUUUCAAGAGAUGAAUCUAAAUAUGUUCAAGAUACAUUGUUUUCGGAAUAUAAAUUAAUUGGAAAUUUAUUGGAACAAGGUGCUAGAAUAUUUGUAUGUGGAUCAAGUGGUAAAAUGCCACGAGAAGUUAAACUUACAUUUAUAGAGAUUAUUAAAAAGUAUAAACAAUUAACUGAAACAGAAGCUACAAGUUAUGUAAAUAGAUUAGAAGAUAUUGGUAAAUAUAAAGAAGACUGCUGGUAGCGCAUUAAAAUUUUUCACCAUGCUUAAAACAUUUAUACGAUACAACUCUAUAAAAGUUGGUAAAACACUAUAUAAAUCAGAUCAAUGGACUAAUAUACCCCCAUUUAUAAUUAAUCUAAUUGGUCAAAAUUUACAUAAAAAUCAAAAUCAUCCAAUUGGUAUAUUACAUGAUUUAAUUCAAUCGAAUAUUAAAAAAUUGGGAUAUACGGUAUACGACGAUUUUCAUCCGAUUGUUUCAAAAUAUCAAAAUUUUGAUAGUUUGGGAUUUCCAGAAGAUCAUCCAGGUAGAUCUAAAUCAGAUACUUAUUAUUUUAAUAAAGAUACUUUAUUAAGAACUCAUACUUCAGCUCAUGAACAAGAAUGUUUUCAAAAUUGCCCCACGAGUGGUUACUUAAUUUGUGCUGAUGUUUAUAGAAAAGAUGAAAUCGAUAGAACUCAUUAUCCUGCUUUCCAUCAAUUGGAAGGUGCAAGAGUAUGGAAUAAAGGAGAUUUACAAAGAAUACAAGAUGAUAUUCAUUUAAUACCGGAGACGAAUAUUAUAGUUGACGACCCGUUUAAAGACAAACCUGUAACUGAAAAUAACCCAAUGCAAUCAUAUAUGAACGAAGAUGAAGUUAGAUUAGUUGCAACUCAUUUAAAAAAGACUAUUAAUUAUAUUGUCCAUGUUGUUUUUGAAAAAGCUAGAAUAUCUGCAAAAUUACAAGGGUCAAAAGAGCCAUAUUUAAACGAACCUUUGAAAGUGAGAUGGGUGGAAGCAUAUUUCCCAUGGACCUCGCCAUCUUGGGAAAUUGAAGUUUGGUGGAAAGGUGAAUGGUUAGAAAGUUGUGGAUGUGGAAUUGUUCAACAACAAGUAUUGACUAACUCAGGUUUAACUAAUAAAAUAUCAUGGGCUUUUGGCAUUGGAUUAGAUAGACUCGCAAUGUUAUUAUUUGACAUACCUGAUAUUAGAUUAUUUUGGACAAAAGAUGAAAGAUUUCAUAAGCAAUUUUCCAAAGAUAAAAUUUCAACAUUUAUACCAUAUUCUAAAUUUCCUGGUGUUAAAAGAGAUGUAUCAUUUUGGAUAAAUGAUAAAGAAAUACAUAUAAAUGAUGUAAUGGAAAUUGUACGUUCAUUUGCUGGUGAUAUGGCUGAAUCAGUUACAUUAAUUGAUAAAUUUGUUCAUCCAAAAACAAAGAAAACUAGCGAAUGUUAUAGAAUAAAUUACCAAUCAAUGGAUAGAAAUUUAACAAAUGCUGAAAUUAAUGAAAUUCAUGAUAAAGUGGUAAACAAUUUGAAAAAUCGGUUUAACGUGGAGAUAAGGUAG